AUGGACCUCAUAUUCUCAAAGGACUCUCCCCGCAACGCGACUCUCUCACUUCCCACCGGUCAACCCGUCUACCAAAUAUUCACCCCAGACCGAUGGUUUCAUCAAGAACAGACGACGAUAAGGAAAUUCCAACCUGGCACCUCCCUACCGCAGGACAUGGGUGUCAUCGAGAUUCAUAGUUGGAGCAAGAGUGUGGUCGAAGUCUGGGGAAGGAGCGUUCUUCCGAAGAGUGCUGGAGUUUUCAAGAGAGGGAAAAUAUUCACAUCUUCAAAUGGUCAGCAAUACACAUGGAAGCGCAAAUCGAGGACAGCAGUGUUAACCGACAAAUUGGACAACACCAUGGCCGUUUACGAUGAACGCCGCACUAAUGUUUUCAGCCGAAAAGAACCAAGUCCAGCGAAAUUGACAAUAGCACCUGCUGCUGUUGAAAUCGCAGAUGAGAUUGUUGGCACUUUUUUGUACUUCGAAGAACAGGAAAGAAGGGCACGUAGCUCUGCGGCGGCUAGUAGCAGUUCUGCCGCGAGUGCAAGUGCUGCAAGCGCUGCAGCCGCUUCAUGCUAG